AUGACGAGAUACGCAGAGUUGCCGGCGUUUGCAUUGGUGAAGUUGGUGGAGCGCAUGGAGAAACGCCGGGACCUCAUUGCCUUCGCCGGCGUUUGCAGGAACUGGAGGAAGGAGGCUCUGAAUGUGGACCGCUUCCGCCGCCUGACUAGCAUGCCUGGCCUCCUCAUCUCCGACUGCCCUCUUUUCCAACCUACGCUGCCAUUUCCGAUGUCCUGUCCCGCCAACGCCGUGGGUAUUGGCUUUUCGCGUUGUCCAAAUCUUUGGCCGAAGAAAUCGAGCCCGAUUACCCUGAAGCGGCUCAAUCUAUCGGUUGCAAAGAUGGUUGGAUUCUACGUUCUUUACAGCGCCCCUUCAGUGAUCGCGAGCUCAUGCUUGACUUGUACCUGCUGA